GAAAAGUUCAUCAUACAAUACGAAAGCUGCUUAACAAAAUGUUGGUUAAAUGUGUGAUAAUUUUUAUUCUAACAGCAGGAAAAUUUCUAUUUGUCAAGAAUUCACAAGUAAAUAUAGCCAGAAAUCGUCAAGCAUUUCAAUCAACAACUAGAGUUUAUUCUCCCGAUGAUACUUCAUAUGCCUACAGAGCUAAUGACGAUAACAUUAAUAUACAUCAUCUGCCACAAACUGUUAUCUUUCAAUGCAGUGCCACUUCAGCAUAUGAAACUGGUUCAUGGAUUUCUAUUGAUCUUGGGAAAAUAUACUUAAUUACAAAGGUUAUGGUACUUAGCAGAGAUACUAAUCGUUAUAAGGAUCUCAAAAAUUUUACAAUCUAUGCUGAAGAUUUUCCAAAGAGUACAAAAAGGAAUUUCUGCUAUUAUAAAGAAAAUAUAGUGAAGAGAGCUCUAUCAACAGCAUUAUCUUACUACGAAACAUACGAUUGCGCUGUAAAUGCAAUUGGAUCUUUUCUUACAGUUGAUCAUCUGGCUGGAACUAAAUACCUAUCAUUGUGCGACUUGCAAGUGUUUGGAGAUUUUAUAAAAGAGCGAGAUUAUGACAUAAUUGACUAUACGAACAACAAAUUUUACGCGGGAACUCCAUUUAAUCCUAAUCUACAACUUUCACAUUUAAUGGAUAAUAAUCUCACUACAUUUUUUCGCUCAAGGAAUGAAGAAAACAUAAAUAAGUUACCAUUUUUUAGAUUGGACUUGGAAUAUUACUACGAAAUAUAUGGUUUGAUUGUAGUUGGCGCUACGUCAGCAAACUCAAAAGAAUUUUCCUUCAUGUAUAUAUCAAUUAGCGACUAUCCACAAACAAUGAAAUCUACAUUGAAUAAAUAUUGUGUUGAAAAUUUUAAUCCCGCACAAACUAGCUAUAAGGAUGGGAAAAGUUACAUUUUUAAAUGUUCACAACCAAUAAGAGGGCAAUAUAUAUUAAUUCAUAUGAUUGAUGAGAAUGAUGUUAAAUCAAAACAUUUCUUUGAAUUUUCCGAACUAUUUGUUUAUGGAAGAAAAAUAGGAAAUCCGAAUUCGAAUCGGAAUACAAAAGACAUUGUUGCUAUGCAUGAAAGUAGUAUCGACAGGAAGAGCUUUUUACUAGAUGGAAUAUAUAUUUCAAGAGGUUCAUCUUUCGAGCUAAAUCAAGUAAACAAUAAUUACGUCAGAGCAACACUUUCACCACCUAUUGAUAUAAAAGUUUUUUGCAUUACAGCAAAUCAUGCUGGAACAGUAAACAAUGGAAUAAGAAUUACAAUAAAAGAUAUAUCUAAUGUACAAAAAGCUUAUUUAUUAAGUGGAAAUUAUAGAUACGAGCAAACUGUUUGUGAGAUAAUCCCCGAAACUCAGGCAUCUCAGAUUGAAAUUACAUCACUUGGUUCUCAUGCUAUAUUGGAGGUUGAGAUUUUCGAAAGAGGUAUAAUAUCAACUAAAUUUAAAAUAAUGACACAAAUCAUUCAUGUUUAUUCAUCAAAAAACAUAAGCUAUUAGCAACGAUACUAAAAUAAUUAUUUGGGUUAACAUAUAAUACUUCAAAUCAUAUCGAAUAACUGAUUUUUCGAACACUAUAGUUUUAAUAGCCAAAUAAUUGUUACAAUCAACAUAUUUUCUUGUCUUCUUAUGUGUUAAGGAAAAGGUUAUAUACUUUCAAUUAGCUUGUUUCAUAACAUAUAAUUUGUUGUCAUCAGAUAUUAUACAGAAAGCUGGGUUUAAAAUAUUUAGCGAAACUGCCAUGGUUUUUGGAGUAAACUCUAGCGGAAAUUCUUUAAUUACCGAACCAUCUACAUUGGAUAAUAGAGCAAGACGAUUUUGCUCUGGUUGAAGGAUUACGAUUCCAAAGAGUAGUGAAUGCAUUUCGGAGAAAUUUUCACUUGUUUGAAAACUACGAAUUUCAUUUCCAGUUUGCAAAGACCUAAUUUCUAUAUCAUCUUGUUUCGUGCAGAAAUAUUUACCUACUUGGAAAUCGAUAUGCUCUAGGUUAUCGAAUAAAGAUGACCAUAUUUUAGCACCCUCUCUGUUGAACAAUGUCACUCUUCUGUCAUGGUGAACUAAAGUUUUGUUCUCAGGAAUGCAAUACGCUUCGCUCACAUCGUCAACUCUAAUAAAAUCAGUAAAUGUUAAGGACUCUACUUCAACUUCGCUUUUCUUGAUUAUUCCGUUGAUUCUAUCGCAGAAUAGGAUAUAAUUUCCCUCUGGACUAACGGAAAAGCUGCUAAAUUUAUGUUGCUCCCUCCAUCUAUUCCUUAUUACCCAAGGUGUUACGCCAACAUUUAUAACAAAUAUCUCUGUACCAUUUGACCUAUUCAUCAGAAACAAAUUUGUUCCAUUGAUAAGAAUUUUUGAAGAAUCACUCAUAUGCUGGUUAAUGUUUUCGCAAGACUGCAGAGUGAGGUCAUACAUAAAACCUUCUUCAGUAUGAACUUCUGCUAUUGGGCCGUCUAAUUGUUCUAGAAUAUCUAAUUUAGUAUCCUUAGAAAUAAUUAUCGCUUCUAGUUCUAGUAAAGUUUCUUUCAUUAGUUGUUUAGCAUCUUGAAAAAUAGGGUUUCUGAAAUUUGUAAAUUCAGUUUUACCGUCCGAGAGUUUUUCUAAAUUUGUUUUUGUUAAUUCAUAUUCUUUAGUGAUGUUUGCAAGUAUUCUUUCCUUCUCAUCAAUCAAUUUUUUUUUCAAGCGUUCAAUGUGAUUUUCAAGUUGUUCUGCAACGGUUCUACGUUUCUCUUCCAACAUUCUCUUUAAUGCCCUUAUGGUCGCCUCAUCUCCAGUAUCAAAAUAUUGACGAAACUCACUUUGAGGAACAUCCUCAGGUGGAGAAAAAUCAGGUGAACGCCUCGUCUCUUUCACAAUUUGCCAGGUGUUGUUACAAGAAGUGCAACGGAUGAUAUUAUGAGUAUCAUUAGCCAUAGUUAUGUUCAAUGUAUCUCACUCUUACGCUACACAAUGUCUAUGUAAAAUAUAUCUAGCUUUUUAUUACAUUUGUCCGCCCCUAGACCUAGAGAUUGAGGCCAUUUUGAGAAAACAAUAGCAUACUUCCCUAAU